AUGGGGCAUCAGAAUAGGGAGGAGCAGGAGAAUCAAGGGAGACAGAGAGGGAGAUAUAGAGAGGAGAUGGGAGCAAGGAAUCUGAGUUUGGAGCUGGAAAGACCAGUGGCGGCUAUGGAGGGAAGUCUUCGAUUGGAAGAAGAAAGGUCCCAGGGUAGCGCCGGCCAAACAGGAACGAAGGAGGAGACGGUGGAAACGGGCCUAACCCUAGGGCCGACGCAACAAGUGGGAGGAGCAGGAGGAGCCCAAAGCUUGGGUAACCUAGGCCCAACAGAUAUAUAUCUGUACCAGCACCAACAAGAGGCUUUGGAGGAGGAGAUGGGCUGCAGACAAAAGAAAAGAAAAGGGACGGGCCUGAAGAGCAGGGACAGGCCCAGUAGUGGCAAAAAUGAGUUGGCCGAAAUUCCAUAUGGCCCAGCAGAGAUGGUGUUCAUGGGAGGGCCUGGGGAAAAAAACAACAAGAAGAAGAAUAAAAAAUACAGAGCUCACUCGAUCAACAGCGCAAGGGAGGGUAUAUCUGAAGAGGAGCAAGGAAGGGACACGAGGGCAGCGGUGGUUCGCCAGAAGCUACCUCUCCGGGAAUGA